CCGGCCGCCCCUGGAGCCCCGGGAGCCCCGGCACCGGCGCAGGUUGUCGUUUAAAUGUCUGAAGAAGGAAGGGAGCUCAGGAAAGUGGAAGUUGCCCUGAGAGACUUCUCAGUGUGAUUCAGAAUGAUUGAGGAGAGUGGGAAGAGGAGGAGGACCAUGGCAGAGAAGAGGCAGCUGUUCAUGGAAAUGAGAGCCCAGAACUUCGACGUGAUCCGGCUCUCCACGUACAGAACCGCCUGCAAGCUGCGCUUCGUGCAGAAGAGGUGCAACCUUCACCUGGUUGAUAUCUGGAAUAUGAUCGAAGCCUUCCGAGACAACGGCCUUAACACCUUGGAUCACGGGGCGGAGAUCAACGUGUCCCGCCUGGAAACCAUCAUCUCCUCCAUCUACUACCAGCUCAACAAGCGCCUGCCCUCCACCCACCAGAUCAGCGUGGAGCAGUCCAUCAGCCUCCUCCUCAACUUCAUGGUAGCAGCCUACGACAGCGAGGGCCGCGGGAAGCUGACGGUGUUCUCGGUGAAAGCCAUGCUGGCCACCAUGUGUGGGGGGAAGAUCCUGGACAAGCUCAGAUAUAUUUUCUCUCAGAUCUCAGAUUCCAACGGGCUGAUGAUUUUCACCAAGUUUGACCAGUUCCUGAGGGAAGUGCUGAAGCUGCCCACGGCCGUGUUCGAGGGCCCCUCCUUCGGCUACACGGAGCACUCGGUGCGCACCUGCUUCCCCCAGCAGAAGAAGGUGAUGCUGAACAUGUUCCUGGACACGCUGAUGGCUGACCCUCCUCCCCAGUGCCUUGUGUGGCUGCCCCUCAUGCACAGACUCGCCCACGUUGAAAAUGUCUUCCACCCCGUGGAGUGCUCGUACUGCCACUGUGAGAGCAUGAUGGGCUUCCGGUACCGGUGCCAGCAGUGCCACAACUACCAGCUGUGCCAGAGCUGCUUCUGGAGGGGCCACGCCAGCGGCACCCACAGCAACCAGCACCAGAUGAAGGAGCACUCCUCCUGGAAAUCCCCGGCCAAGAAGCUGAGCCACGCCAUCAGCAAAUCCCUGGGCUGCGUGCCCAGCAGGGACCCGCCCCGGCCGCUGUUCCCAGAGCAGCCUGAGAAGCCCCUGGACCUCGCCCACAUCGUUGUGCCAUUCCUUAAGGAACAGCUGGAGGCUAAAUUGCCAAAGUGCUGGACAGCCCCCCCAGGCCCGUGAGUAACAUGAACGAGGCCAUGGUGACCCACGUCUCCUCCGGAGCGCCCACGCCAACCAAAAGUGUCCUGGACAGCCCAGGCCGGCUGGACGAGGAGCACCGGCUCAUCGCUCGCUACGCCGCGCGCUUGGCCGCCGAGGCUGG